AUGUCCUAUGAGUCAAUAUUUAAUGUGUCUACACAUGUACCAAACUCAUUGAAACAGAUAUCACCAGUAAGCUCAAACUCUACCAAGCGACAUCGCUUUGAAGAAGAAGAAGACCCAACUUGUUUACCACCAUCAUUGAGUUCAUACAGCAUAGCUACUCUCAAUGCCAAAAGCAAAACAUACCUAACAGCCAACACAAAUGCCACCACAGUCACCGGUAUCUAUGAGCAAGAUUUCCCCGGAAGAACAAAUCCAAUACGGAGCAAACUAGCGGCUCAUUUUGCAAAUGGCGGUGGCAGUGGCAGUGGCAGUGGCAGUAAUGAUAUCCAUUCUUCUACAACCAACAACCAAGAUCCAACACCAACACCCCCGUCAUUUACACGCAGCUCAUGCGACGCAAUGGAAGGAAAAUCAAGUUCCGUUUCUAAAUCCUUAUCGCUGUCGAGCAAAAAUGAUGAUAUUGCGAGAUACAAGCGGAAACGAAGGUUUGGCAAAAUGUUGGGAUCUCCUAAACGUGCCUCUCAAACUGCCGAACCUCGAAAUAUUGAAGAGAUGGAGAUAGAAAAUAAACUGGGUAUGAAAGCAGAUCAUGUAACGUCAGUGAUUGACGAGGAAUUGAUUAGCAAGAGAGUAGAAGAAAGAAGGGCACUAGAACAGCUUGAACAGCAAAGAGAACGAGAACGAGAACAAAAACGAAUUGAAGAGCAAGCAUUUGAACGCGAAAGACUACAACAGCGACAACUAAAAGAACAAGAAUUGAUGGAGAAAAAGCAAAGUGCUAACAACCGUUUCAUUUUAAGCAACUUUGAGAUACCAAAACUAGACAUUGAACAAGAAAAUCUUGACGCAAAAGUCAACAUUUCUCCAUUGAGAUCGCCUUUCAAAGAAAAAAGGGUACCCUUGAGAGAUGUGUCACCAAAUGUGUUUAGAAAACCGAGAUUACCAAGAUCUACUAUUCAAAAACCCUCUCCGCCACCGCAACAAUACCACGUCGCUCCCAAACCUGAACCUGUACGAUCACCAAAACCAUUACUACCGACAGCAUCACACCAGCAUAGACCUAGAUCAGCUAAUAUGCACUUUGCUGACGAUGAUUUAAUUGAAACAAAGAAAAGAACAGUAAACAUUAACGGAAAAGCAUACGAGAAAUUAGAGCUCAUAGGAAGAGGUGGCUCAUCCAAGGUUUAUCGUAUCAAAUCAUGUGCCGAUGGACGUCAGUAUGCGUUGAAAAAAGUUUCUUUGAACCAGUUUGAGAACAUUUCUGGAUUCAAAGGAGAAAUAGAUCUUUUGAUAAAGCUCAAACAUUCCAAAAGGGUUGUUAAGUUAAUUGACCAUGCUGUUUUUAGCUCGUCAAUAUAUCUUAUUAUGGAGCGAGGCGAUAUUGACCUUGCCAUGUUAUUUCAAAACAGGAUCAAUGCGAAAUUACCAUUAGAUAUACACUUUGUCAAGUACCACACUUUUGAAAUGUUCAAAUGUGUUGAAGAUGUUCAUAAUGCAGGCAUUGUGCACAGUGACUUAAAGCCAGCAAACUUUUUAAUGGUAAAAGGGGUGUUGAAAAUUAUUGAUUUUGGUAUCGCCAAUGCUGUUCCUGAUCAUACUGUCAAUAUCUAUCGAGAAUCUCAAAUCGGCACUCCAAAUUAUAUGGCCCCAGAAGCGCUUGUAGAAGCGAAUUUGGCGGGAGCAAAGAAUACCACUUGGAAAGUUGGCAGACCGUCUGAUGUUUGGUCUUGUGGAUGCAUUUUGUACCAAUUCAUCUACGGCAAACCUCCCUACGCUGCAUACUCAGGCACACAAAGAAUUAUGGCACUCAUGAAUCCGCAAAUAAAAAUCCAAUACCCAGCAACAGGAUUGGGUGAUGUAAAAGUACCCCUCAGUGCUAUAGAAUUGAUGAAGAAUUGUUUGGUUCGUGAUCCAGCAGAUAGAUGGACAAUAGAACAGUGCUUAGCAAGCGAUUUUUUCCAACCUAAAGUUGUUGAUGAAACAUUCAUCAGCAAAAUUGUUCAUCAAAGCAUGAACCUCGGGUUCAACAAGCGCAUCUUAAAUGAGGGAAUGUCAGCUGACGACUACGAUUCGAUGGUUGACGAUAUUGUAAAGCAAAUAGAGGCAUACAAUUGCUAA